AUGGUUGAAGCCAUUAGGGAUCGAAGUUUUGAUUGGCUAAGCAGUGUUGCUAGUUCUUCAACAACUAUUGAAAAAAUGCUCGACACUAAUGGCAGUUGUAGCAAUGUUUCUGGAUGGGAUGAGCUGGUUGACCUCUACAAUUCACGACAGGAAUCAACAGAUAGCUACAUAAGCCUGAAGCUUUUCAAAAACAACCAGCUGACAUGUCCAAUAUGUGAGCAUCCGAUCUACUCUAAUACCUUGAAGGUCGAUUUCACAGUGAGAAAAUUUUUGCGACAUCUUCGUAAACACGAAGGAGAGCUAGACAAUUCUUUGAAAACCCCCUGUACAUCAUGCUUCAACUUUUAUAAGAAGUCUAAAAUGGACGAACACUUCAAGCAGGAACAUAGUGAAACCGAGAGGUAUGAAGUGCGUGAAGUCAUCUGUUUCACAAAUUCAACCCACAAAUAUCAGCAGUUGGUUGACUCCUUAACAGCAUCAUUGAAAAGUUCCUCAACUGCAGAUGAUUCUUGCUCACGUAUACCUGAGAACUCUAUCUUCACCGGAUCUACGAGGAUGGGGCUUGGGAAAUAUAGGGAAAAUUGCCGCCAGAAGUUCCUUACUAUAUCCGAUAGAAAAGCGCUUUUUCGUUACAAGUAUCGCCAAACAUCCAAUCUACCCUUUGCCUGGUUGUGCCCUCUGUGCGAUGAGUCAGACGCUGUUUCGAGGUGUUCGGCUUUUCAUAAUGAUAUUUCACUACGCCUUUUCGUGCUUCGCCAUUUCGCAGUAGAGCACCAUAAUCUUGAAGACAUUGAAACGACAAUACAACAGGAAUGGGCCAUAUUGUCAUACGAGAUAGGAUUCGAUCUGGAAUAUCAUGUCAUCGAAACAGCAAAGCUUCUGCGGCAAACCGAAAGGAACAAUUUUUUCUACACUCUCAGAGGAAUAAAAUCUGCUCAUCGUGAGGCCCUUGUUCAUGAAAUGUUCGGAAGAAGUAUGAACAAGGAGGAGAUCUGGUCAUCGGAUUACUGCAUAUGUAUUGUAUGCUUCAAACCUAUACUUAAAAAGUCUUUGGGUCGACAUCUCUCAACUGCAGGACAUGAAUGGCUGAAACCACAUUCGGAGCAUGGUGAAUUCCGCGAGGUCGCUGAUAUCGCUGAUGCGCCUUCAAUGACCAUGCAUAAUUUUCCAUAUCCUGCUCUUUGUUAUUCUAAAGUCUUCCGUAUUCGGGAAGUCGACGAUUGUGAUUCAAUUACAUUUUUGAAGUGGCGAUGUGUGCUCAAAAGCUCAGUCGUUGGUCACGUUGAGGAUGUUUUAGAAUUUCCAACUAAGGAGUUAUUGAAGAUCUAUGCUCUUAAACAUUUCGAGACUUAUCACCAGGAUUUCUUCUCAUCCGAGUACUUCCAAUAUGAACGGGCUCUCCUUCAACAAGAGUUACCUACUGGCACAGAUGUAUACUCUUACUCUCCUUUGUCAUGGAGCUUCGACAAUGAGGCAUUUGAUACCACGGUUGCUCUCUCGGAUGAUCCGAUAAGUGCUUUCCCAGUUUCACUGCUCUCAUCCGAUCCCGAAACCAUAGAUUGUGAGCAACUUCUCCCUAACAAAAUUCUUGGUUCUGCUGGUCGAGAAGCACUUCGUCAAUUAAAAGGAUCUAAUGAGGUUGGUUAUUUUACAGAUUCAACGGGUGCUAGGUCGCCAGCCACACGUAACGAAGAGCAAAGUGGGAAUUCGCAUCCUUCCUCUGCUGCUUUGGAUGGUGACGUGCACGCGGUGGAGAUUUUCGUACCACGAUCGGAGUGUUCAUCAGCUAAUGAUCUCACUCAAACGAUCAAUCACUCCCCUGCUGGCGCCGAAGAUACAACAGCAGGUGAAGUGGAUAUCAGUAUUAUAUCCGAGAGAGAAGAACCCCUUUUCAAUAGCCUCGUUAUGCCGAAGGGCGAAAGCACUCUAGCGGUGAGUACCUCUUCCAUCAGGAUUGCUACACCUCCCCCAGAUCCUGAACCUGUUGAAGAUCCUGAACCCGUUGAAGAUCCUCCCACAGUUAUCGAGACUAGUACCGAGCCUGAAGCUGCGCCUCCUGUUUAUGGUCCAGAUAAUCUAGAUGUUCAAGAGCACAAACAGCUCAUUCAUAAAAAAUUCCUAUGGGAAGGGCCUCCUCCGCCACCGCUAGAUGCAGAGCAGACUCAGCAGCUCGUUUGCCUUGCCCGUAAUGAAUGUCCGUUUUGCUCGACUGCUCGAGGAUCUCGUGGUUUGCGUAUUCCGGCUUUCGCAAAUGACGAGAUAAAGGAGGAAAGCAUGCUUGCUCACGUUGUGAAGUUCCACUACAAAGAUCCCGCCGCGUUGUUCCAUAUGUCAACUAAUGGUCGUCAGACUCCACUGAAAUUUUUGCUGGAGCCCACUAGAGAUGGAUGGCUGAAGUGCUCAUCGUGUGAGAAAGCUGCCUUCGACAGAAUCGCUAACCUACGUGUUCAUUGGGCUUGUUGUGUCAAUGUUUGUGGACGAUAUCGUAAAGAUCUUCGUGAGGGAAGACUGGUCCUCGAGUCGCCAUCUACCAUUGGUAAAGUUCCCAAGCGCAGAGGGAAACAUGAAGCAAUUAAAUGCCCUUUGUCGACGUGUGUUUCUGCAUGGCGCCCGAGCUUCAAGUAUCCCAAUUCCGUCACUCAAAUCGCACACAUGAUAUCUCACCAUGGAGCAGAUAAAGAAGCUUAUGAUACGGCAUUAAAACUAGGAGAAUCCGAAAAACUUGCAGAGGAAUUUCCUUUUUUGGAUGUUGCGAAGUCUUUCGCUAAUUCUGUGAACAGCACAGAGCUAUGUCUUCAAUGCGCAAAGUGUGAUCGUGGAUUUCAUUCUCCAUAUGAGUUAGAGCAGCAUGCUAAGCGUUAUCACCCUACAGAAAAACAUUAUUCUGGAGCGCCAAAAUGUCCUUUCGGAUGUAGUAAAAGAUUGCAACGUCUCAAAAGUGGUAUUACUGAUAAUGUUCUACGGCUUCUUCAUGUUAUGAUAUGCCACUUGCCGGAUCCGGAUGCAGUAUCGUGGGUCAAAAACUGGAUGAAAAAGCACGAAUCUGUCAUGGAAAGCGAACCUGUAUUUAAGUUUGAUGUACAAGAAUCCCUCAACGCAUCUGUCGAAUCCGGCGAAUGCCAUAUAAUGUGUGUUUGGUGCAAAUCAGCGUCGGCGGAGUGUGCCAUCGAGAAGAGUAAGCAGAGAGCCGGUAGGAAACGAAGCCUGUUAGAUCCAAGCAAAACGCCGCUUUCUUCCAAGAUACGAAAGCAUCCAUCUAUGACUUGCAAGUUAUGCUUAAAGAACAUCAUUAUCACUGAGAAAUACUCAGAAAGAGUGUCGACAUUUCUUCAUGUUCUCAACAUUCAUAUCAAUGAUCAGGAGGCGCAAAAUGCGCUUGUUACAGGGUACUCCUCUACAUGCGCCGAGGAAUUUCCUUAUAUUGAUGUUAAAGCUUCGGUCGAGGGUACUGCUAACAUUGGAAAGCCAGUGCUUCAAUGCGUCAUUUGUGGCUUCAAAACUGACACUUCAAGAAGGAUAGCAAUGCAUGCCCGUCAUCAUGAAGAUUUGAUGAAAGAUCUCGGCAGUUACCCGGAACCUUGUUCCCUAUGUGGCGAGAAAAUUCGCAUCUGUAGUGAAGUGAAGGAGUCAUAUCAACGGUUAUGUCACAUUUUGGAGAAACAUAUCACCGAUGAGAACCGUCUUCAAGAAGCCGUGUUUGCUUAAGAUUCCAAUGACGAUAGUGCGGUGAAGAAGGAGCUGCCUCGUAAGACCGAGUCGCCCAUUGUUUGCACCGUGUGCAAUCGAUUAUUGCUUCGAUCCUCGCGCUAUUCAAUUCGGGUUACUAUUCUGGCGCAUUUUGUGAAAUUCCAUCGUAACUCACCGAAAGACGUUGAGAAGUAUCUUGCAAGUGGAUCAUGGGAUGUAGCAUCCGAAUUUCCGUAUAUCGACGCUGUCACGUCGAUUAAAAAGGGAAAACUGCAAUGUGCCUUGUGUGAAGCAGCCUUUAGCGAUACUUGUCCGUUACUGAAGCAUGCCACGUCGGUUCAUGAGGGUCAGAAGGUGAGACCUUCUACUCGUAAAAGUACGGCUUCUGAUGCUUCGAAUGGAAAUGCGGCUUCAAAAGGACAGCACGAUUCGGCUAGAAGAGAUUCGGAUACCAAAUUGAAUAUUGAAGAGAUUAUUGCAAGAUGUCGCGAAUUCGAACGGCAGAACAAUAGGAACGAAAAGAAAAGCUGGGAAGCACCUAAAGCUUCUCGUGAUUCAUCAACUGCGGACGAGUCGUCAAGAAGCUCCAGCCGGUGUUCGCGAACUAACGCCCCGGUCAAUGAUCGUGUUCCUCGAUUACCAUUGGACCUUGAAGAAAGUACGCAUUGUGAAGGAGAUGCUAAGCCCAAGGACUCUACAGCUUCAGAUGUUGCCAAUGAAACGUCAAAGCAACCUGGGGAACCUCCUGGAUUCCAGCUGAAGAAAGAAAUUCUCGACAGUAGCGAAAGCUCGAAACUGUCGACGCCACCAAACGGCUCCGCCAAUCCACGAAAUAGCGGUCAGAGUAAUGAAGAAAGCGCUGGUCCGGACAGGAAGCCCUCCUUGACGCCUCAGCCCGAUCAGUCAGUGUCAGGGAAGUUAUUAUCGUGGCUCUCUUUGACAACUCGUGCUGUUCUUCCACCUCGCAAGGCCGAACUUCUGUCUCCAAAUGUUGAAUCUAAACCAGAUUCGACCGAAGGAAAUCUUAGAGAUGCGUUGCAUGGUUACUUGGAUUCUGAUGGCAGUAUCAAGUCGAAACCAGUAAAGCGAUCGUCGAAUGCUGGAACCACGCUGUUCGACGAGCUCCCUCAACGAAUUGUAAAGAACAUGGUGAAGCAAAACACAGCUCCUCCAGUGGAUAUCAGUCACAUCGAUGGCGCUAAGGGCUACCCAUGCAAUUUCUGCGAGUUCAGAGGACGUACAGUGAAUGACAUUCGACGACACACUAGUUCAGCUCAUUCUGAGUUUUUCCCUUCGAUGAGCACGAAAAUUGUCUCUCCUUGUCAUCACUGCGAUGAAGUACUGGAUUCUAGAGGGAAACUGUUGAAGCACAUUGGUGACUGCCAUGAAGACAUUCCGUUAGCGUUCAAGUGUACCUACUGCCCGAAAACGUUCGCCACAUCUCGCGGUGUACGUGAACAUGAACGGAGGUCGCAUGAGUCACGACUCUUCUUGGACGCGGAGCAUUUGGUCUGUCCCCAUUGUGAGCAAGAGUUCCAGAACAAACGAAAUCGUGACGAACAUGUGAAAAGGCACAACAAUCCAAACUCUGUGAUAGGCCGUGGAUUCUGA